AUGCUUCGGUUCAGAAUGCAGUUAAUGGAUUUAAAAAACCGGGAAUCUGCCCCUAUGAUCCAAAUGUUUUUGGAAAAGAAGAUUAUGCUCGCUCCUUCAACUAUAACCGACCGUCCUCUUUCUGACGCACCGUCUACUAAGACUGAAGAAAUAGAGACUAAAAGGUCUACUACAUCUUUGCCUGAUUCCAAUAUACUGGAAGAAGGAUCAGCUCAUUCACCAGGAGAAAAUCAUCCAGCACCUGCAGCGAGCCUUACGCCAUUUCAGAUUAGAUCUAUUCCAACUAUGGCUGCUCCUAAAACAGGCCGCAAACACCAGAGGCAGGAAUCAGAAAUGUUGAAGUCUACUUCCGUCAAAGCUGAACAAGCAUUAAAGUUUAAGAAGCCAAAUAUUAAGAAGACUAAGAUUUCUGAGUUAGAAGGCUCCAGAAAAACGAAAACUAAAAGAUCCUCAGUC